UAUAUAUAUAGCUCUCCCUCAUCUCUAUCCUCAUUUCAGUACACAGGUAUCAGCAAAUGGCUCCGGUUCUAUCUCUAUGCUCUGUUUUGUUCAUCUUCUCUCUCUACAGCAUCUAUGCUUCUGCAGCUCCUCCUCCUCUUCAACCACAUCUUGAUGGACUUCUUGCAAAUGGAGACUUUGAAAUACCACCAAAGCCCUCAAACCUCAACAAAACAGUGAUCAAAGGAAAACAUUCACUACCCAACUGGGAAAUCAAUGGCUUAGUUGAGUACAUGUCAGGUGGGCCUCAGCCAGGUGGCUUCUACUUUGCCAUUCCACGUGGCGCCCACGCAGUGAGGCUAGGAAAUGAAGCAUCAAUCUCUCAAAAUGUGACUGUCAACACUAUUGGUGCAAUUUAUUCUCUCACCUUUGGAGCCACAAGAACCUGUGCACUUGAUGAGGUGUUGAGAGUCUCUGCCUCUGGUCUCUCUGCUGAUCUUCCAAUUCAGACCUUGUAUAGCAGUGAUGGUGGUGAUACUUAUGGGUGGGCUUUCAUGGCUAGUUCUAAAGUUGUUAAGGUCACUUUUCAUAACCCUGGGAUUCAAGAGGACCCUACUUGUGGACCCCUAUUGGAUGCCAUCGCUAUCAAAGAGCUUCCGCCUCUCACUUAUACUAGAGGUAACCUAGUAAAAAACAGUGGAUUUGAAAUUGGUCCACAUGUGUUCAAGAACUUCUCAACAGGAGUCCUCCUCCUCCCCAAAAAACAAGACCUAAUUUCACCAGUCCCUGGAUGGAUCAUUGAGUCACUCAAACCAGUCAAAUACAUAGACUCAAGACACUUCUUUGUCCCCUCCGGACUCGCCGCACUUGAACUAGUUGGAGGGAGAGAAAGUGCCAUUGCCCAAGUCAUAAGAACAAUCCCAAAUAAGUUAUACAACCUCACUUUCUCCAUUGGAGAUGCCAAGAAUGGUUGCCAUGGAUCGAUGAUGAUCGAAGCUUUCGCUGCAAAAGAAACCCUAAAAGCCCCCUAUGCAUCUCAUGGAAAGGGUGGGUUCAAGAAUGCAAGUUUCAAGUUCCAAGCAAUUUCAGCUAGGACAAGGCUCACAUUUUACAGUUCAUUUUAUCACACUAAGGUUCAUGACUACGGUCAAAUAUGUGGCCCAGUCUUGGACAAUGUUAGGGUUGUGAGUGUAUCCUAGUCAUUUUGAGUGAAUUUGUUAGCUCAUGUUCUAGCACUCAAAUGAGUUAUGAGUAAUUUUGGUUAGAAGCUGAGUGAGUAAUGGUCUAGAUAUAGGGGAUUGUAUGUAAUGAAUGGCCUUGUGGGUUAAAAGGGGGUCAUGUGUGAGUCAUAUUGUAGUUGUUUUUUUUUUCUUCAAGUUGGUGAGUUUGAGCAUGUCCUAUAAUAUGUAAGGAUAUGUUUGAACUUUCUCUUUAUCAAUGACCUUAAUAAUAAAAUACUACUAUCAAAAGAUAUGAUUAGAAAAUA